AUGAACAAUUUCGAAAAAGGAAAGGAACUAGAAGACAAAACUGCCGAUAGAUUGGAUGCUGUAGGAGUCAAAAAUAAUAAAAAUGGGAAUCGAAAGCUCUUCGUGGCCACGGUUUCGAUAGUGAACGUUCUUCCCUAUUUCCGAAGUACUUCUGUUGAACGUCUUUUCAAAAGGAUUUCGAUGCACGUACACUUUGUGGUCUCGGUCGCAAACGACUCUGAACGUUCUUCUUAA